AGGCAGCAACUAGGCCUCAAUAAUUCACCUGAUCUCAGUUGCUGAAUAGAUCGUCAAUUUUAUUAUCUGUCUCAUCAAAACACCCGGGAGAAUUUCUGCUAUCCAAUAUUGCAGUCAUCACACAUUUCUCACAAUUCUAUGGGCAUCGAAUAGCCAAAGCCGGUCAUCAUGUCUAAUCGACGGGCAACAAAUAACCGCAUCCGCGGGCCUCAGUCUGCUCUUACGGAUUUUUUGGCAUCCAACAACAUCUCCGCUGCUCAGAUUCGAACCGAUUACGAGAGACGUCGCAGGGAGGCACAAUCUCGGAUCAACUCUGAGAGACCUGCAGAAGAUUCGGCAGCAGAAGUUGAAACGCAGCAAACAGCGACGUCCACGGAGAAUUCUGAACAGAGAAAGAAGCGUAAAAGGCAAGAAGAAAAUGCUAUAGCCAAGAUCAAAAAAAACAAGAACAAGAACAACAAAAAUAAACGCCGCCAGCGCUUCGCUGUGGACUCAGAGAGCGAUGAAGAAGACGCUACAUGGGAUUUGUACGCCAAGUCAAAACCAUUGCCAGGGCAACUGGAAAAUUGCGAAAUUUGCAAUAAACGCUUCACUGUUACGGCUUACAGCAAGACAGGUCCCGAUGGAGGGCUACUCUGUGCUAAGUGUUCUAGAGAAUUAGAAGCAGAGGAGAAGAAGGACAAACCCAAGAAAAAAUCUGGCGCUCGUGAAAGGCGAAGACAAGUACAGAGCAGACUUCUUGAUGGCAUUGUUUCGCUCGGAGCGAAAAAUUUGCAAGAACUUUGCGUGGAGAAAGUCGCAGAUAAUAUCAACGACGUCGACGAAUUUGGAGAUCUCCCUCAAACCCUACUAGACAGACUGAGCCAAAUACUGUCAAAGAAACGCGUCAUAACAUCGCGCACCUUGGACUUGUUCCUGCGGCCGGAUUUAGAUAAAGUAGCAAUUUACGACGCUGGCAAACUCGAAUCCCAUGACUUUGUCAAGAUCUUUGCUGUAAUUCCAAACCUACGACAUCUUCUCCUCCUCCACGCAGGGCAGUUUAAGGAUGAAGUGAUGGAAUAUAUGCUCGAACGGCAGGUGCCAAUCAAGAGCCUUCAGCUUGAGGCAGCCAAUCUCAUCUCGAACCGCAUGUGGCACGAGCUGUUUCGACGAGCAGGAGGAUCUCUUGAAGCUCUUAAACUAGCCUGGCUUGAUUCCUCUUUCAAUGACGAAUGCGUUCAAGUCUUGGCUGACAACUGUCCUAAUCUCAAACGACUCAAGCUGAGAAAAUGCUUCCACCUUGAUGAGAACGCAUUGGUCUCGAUUGGAAAGCUAUCAAACCUUGAGCACCUCUCUCUGCAGUUCUCAGGUCAGGUUGAGGGACAGCUUGUGACUGAUCUAGUCAAUUCAGUCGGGCAGAAAUUGUUCACACUAUCGUUGACAAAAUUUGAAAACGCCGACGAUGCAGUACUUGCCGCCAUCCAUGCUAGUUGUCGACAUCUUCGAAAGUUCCGCUUCUCCGAAAAUGACCUCUGCACUGAUGCUGCGUAUGAGCAACUCUUCACUGAUUGGGUCAAUCCGGGCUUGGUGUUUGCGGACUUCUCUAGCACUCGCGAUCUGGACUACUCCAACCCCGAUGGACCAGAUGAGCCAGUUGGACUAGCUUCCAAAGGAUUCGCCGCCCUCAUGAAGCAUUCCGGCAGCAGCCUCGAACGCUUAGAUAUUUCCUCUUGCCGUCAUAUCGCGCAUUCGACCUUUUGCGAAGUCUUUGACGGUAUCAAGAUCUACCCUAAUUUGCGCGAACUGAACCUUUCAUUCAUCCCUCGCGUAGACACUCUAGUUGUUGCAGCAAUAUUCAAGAGCUGUCCUCAGCUGCAGAAGGUCGUUGCCUUCUCCUGCUUUGGAAUCAGGGACGUCAUUGUACCGCCCAAUGUUGCCUUGAUUGGCAUUCCCAAUGCGCAGGAGAAUAUCAUGAUUAAUGCCGAUGCACUGGCCUACUACUAAAAAGACGCACGUCAGCCUGGAGCUAUUACGCUACUUGCGCAUUGCGGCAAACCAAAAGUGCGCGUUUACUGCUCUUUGCUCAUGUUGCUGUCAGCUUGGCGUUUGUUGAGAAUGGUACGUACUGGAUUUAAUGGUGGAUUUGCGAGGAGUUGCGAUCUACAUUUCAUGUGAUGCUGUCUCUCCACAUUUGGAUUGCGCGGCGCUUUCAAAGUGCACUGGAUGGGGUCCAUGGUGGGUUGGCGUUACCUUGGAGCAAGCAGGCUUGUACCUUAGUUAGCCUACGGAGCACUUAUAGCUACCUUAUUCUAUCAAUUGUGUCCUUGAUCGGACGCUUUAGCGAACAAUGUACUCCCGUAC